AUGAGUACAGAUGCCGUGAAGAAUGACGUUGCCACGUUCAUAUGCGACCACAAGCUGGAGCACGAGAUUGUUGAUGGCAGUAUCCGCAUACAUAAGGUUGCUGACCUAUGUCUCCAUGUACUGGGCCACCGCGAGCAGCGCGGACCGCUGUCUCGCCCUGCCGUGGCAUCCAGGAUCAAGACAUUCCUGCCCCGCCAUGUAGCUUCAAUGGAAGACCCAUCCAACCUGAGGAUGUCGGAGUCGAAACUUGAUGUCGACCUCCUGCCAGACGUCCUGGCCGAGAUAACGGGCAAGCCUUUCACUGCAGCAGACAUGGACAGCGUGUGCGCAAAGAUCCAACCAGAACUUCAGGCAGCAGCAGCGCCCAAACGGACAAGGAUCACGGUGCAUGCGCAGGCAGCGGGGCCGUCGGCAGGGAGCGGGGCGCCGCCCGCCCCAGGACCAGCCCCUGCGCCACUAGCGCUCGCCCCAGCAGCGCGCGCGAGUUCGCGGGAUCUCGCGCCCCUCGUGGCCGUGCCAGAGGGCGCGGAGGACGCGGCCGCGCUGGCCAGAGUUGCUCCGCAGCCGCAGAGCAGGUACGCGAACCUGCCCCGCGACGUGCUCGUGCAGAUGCUUGACUCGAGGGACGCAGACAUGGCGGCCGUGAAGCAUGACCGCGCCAAUGUGCAGAAGAGGCUGAACUAUUAUAUCACCAGGGCAGAUGGGCUGAAACAGAAGCUGGACGAAGCGCGCGAUGAGCUGGCAGCAACGCGGGCGAUGGUCAAUUUCCGGCCACGUUCGCAUCCGAGCGUGUUCGGAGGAUAUACGCUCGGGCUGCGCAGAAACAUCGCCCACGCCUCAGCACUGGCGACGGCUAGAAUGGUCUUGGGGCAGGAUGAAGACGAGCCACCGAACCAGAAAGGCCGCGCAUCUGUCGUCACCUACGAGUACCGCCUGGCAGCGGCGAAAAGAACCCGGGCAGAAGAAUACUACUCACAGUGCGCCCACGACUUCGCAGACACGCUGGACAUCCACUUGCUGAAAGCCGACGGCACGAACCAAGAAGCGAUCGACAAAUCAAAAGUUCACGUGUCCAUCGUGCACAGCGCGUGUUGCGAGUAUGCGUCGGCAGUCCGUGGCCCCGAUGGCGACGACGUCGCCGAAGUCACCCCUGAGGCCGUGGCGGCCUGGGUCGGCAGCCUGGUGACGACGGGAGAUCUGCUGAAGAUCGACCGCGGCACGGGCGAAGAAACGUUGCAACACUGCCUGCGGCACCUUCAAAGUGUCGGCUGCCCAACGUGGAGGGACUGCGCAACCGCGCGGCGCGCCGCUGGGCGGCAUACCGUGUACGCUUUCGGGCUAGAUGCGGGGCCUGAUAAUGUUGGCAUGCUUUCCCGAUUGCGCAUUGAACUGUCAGCUUGCCCCAGCGUCAUGUACAUUGCGGUGUUCUGCGUCCUCCACCAAACCCACCUCGUGGUCAAAGACUUGUUGUCCUCGUUGGAGCAGUGGCAGUGGGGCCCCGUUGGCGGUGACAAGAAGUAUUGGGGGACGGUUGCAACUGUCGCGAAUGUGUGGAGGAGCUGCGGGAUGCCCGCCAAGAUCAUGGACGCGGCCCGCGCCGAAUGCCCGAGCGAAGACAUUGCGCGGCAAUUGUUCAAGAGGCUGCCAGGGAAGCCGCUUCGGGGCAGAUGGGGCUCCAUUGCUGCCAUUGAAGACGUGAUAUUCUCCGCGAGGAACUUCGUCGGCCCAGUGUUCACCAGAGUUCUGACCCCGCUCUUGGCCGCCAAGGAGAGAGGGGGCGCCGAUGUCGGCGCAGAUGAGGAGGCCGCUUUCAAGGCGGACCAGAAGAAUUACAGAUUCACCGCGCGGGCCUGCACCAACUCCAACCUCUGGAUCGCGACAGUGGCCAUUUCGUUGCUCAGCAAACGGCCGCUCACAAUCUUCCUCUUCUGGGCGCAGAAGCAAAAGAAAGAGUAUGAGGCGUGCGUCCGAGCGGCGCGCCCAGCAGCCUACCUCGGGCCCACGCCGCUCUCGCUCUUGGUCACAGUAAAGGCAGAUCGCGUCUACGCGGACCUGCAGGCGCUUCUUGCAGAAGGGGCGGAGGAGAGCCUCGACACGUGGGGGGCGCUCUGGCAUCUUGUUCCCGACGAGGAGGUGCCCAGGGCAAGGCUCCUCAUCGUGUCCCUGGUCCUGCGGGCGCUAGCUGGGUGGCGCGCGCGCGUCCUGGAAAGAACUGAAAGCUACCCCCUGCGCCUCCUGCGCGCCCUGGAGGACCCGUCGGGCGCGGCGUCCGAGCUGAGGAAAGACAUCGCCUACGAUCUCUUGCGGGCCCAGCCUGGGGACCUCAGCGCACUCGGCGGCGACCUGGCCCUCAAGGUGAGAGACAUCUUCCUGUACGACUGGGCGACGAUGCAAAUCUCGGGGGAAUGUUCACCCCGCCUGUACGCGUGGCUUCUCGUCCUCCGAUCCAAGCUCCCGCACGACACCCAGGACGUGGAAGGGAUGAACUCUGUGCUGCAAAGGAUGUGCAGCAUUGCCCCGCGGAUGAAGCUGCCGCUGGCGUCGGACAGGAUGCGCGCUAAGAUGGGGGACCCGAUUGCGCCCGAGGAGUGCGUGCAGCUCCACGCCGCUGUACUUGACCACAUGGCGAGCGAGGCGUACGCGGGCCGCUUUGCGGAGCUUCCACCGCUGGGCGACCACGCCGCCCCCAUCGCCCCGCCCGAGGCGCCUGGCCCUGAGGUCGCCGCGCUGCUUGCGGGCCCCGACGCUGGGGGCGCCGCCCCCGCUGCGGGCCCUGGCCCCGGGGGCGCUCGGCCGCGCGGGCCGCCGAGGCCGCCCCGCCUGCCGCCCGCAGAAUUGCUCGCCGCGCGCUACGCGUUCGGGGCCGCGGGCCUGAGGCCGACGUUCAUGGACGUGGCUUUCUCGUUCGCCGCGGCGGGCGAUGGCGGAGUGGCGGGGGUGCGCCCAGCAUUCUUGAUGUGCUGGUCGCACUACAGAAGGGUGCACGUGGCUCGCGGCGCGCUGCACCGCCAUGGUGGCGGAAGGCACAUGCUUCACUUGGACGCCCCCAUCCGCAUUUGCAGGCUGGCAGACGUGGCGGCGGAGGCCAGGUUGGGCGCGGGGCUCGCAGUCGACGUGGGCGCCCCGAUGCCGCUCUGGCGCGGCCGCCUCAAGCGGCUUGCGCUGCAGCGCGCCGAAUGCGCAGAUGAGGAGGCGCUCGAGGAUCAGGUGCUCGAUUCGGCGGGGGGCAUGCCCGAGGAACCGCCCGCCGAUGAAGGCGAUGUGGGUGAGAUCGAGGACCUGGCGCUCCACGGCCACGACGCCCCAGGCACGCCCAUCGAUUCCGAGGUGCCAGAUGCAGUGGCGGGCGCGGUGCGCGAGCAGCUGGAGAGGAUCCGCAGCGCGGAGCGAGAAGCUGAGAGGUCGCACGGGGCGGUGCUGGACGUCGGCACUGUCAGUCUCCUCGUGACGUCCGAUGGGCACGCGCUUCUCGUCACGUGGACGCAGCCAUCCCGCAGGAUGGGCCGCCCAGUAAGGUUGGACACGUUCAACAGGAUCGUGGCGCUGAUGCCCUGGAUGCAGCCAGAGACUGAUUACACUGGGCAGUAUAUCCGAGUGCACGAUGCUGGUUUCAGGCAAGGGAGGGCCCCGAAAGGCGAGAGGCCGUCACUGGAUGAGUGGGUGGUGAUCUUGAUGAAGCAAAUCAACACGCAGGUGUGCCAGGGCCCGCUGGCCCCGCUGGAUGGCGAAGAAUGCGUCGUCUGCAGCUCCGCCCCCGACCGCAAGGUCGUCGACGAUGGCGCGGGUGACCUCUUGCUCUACCGCUGCAGAAGCUGCCUGCUGGCGUGGCACAAUUGUUGCGCUUGCAG